GGCAAAACAGCUGUUCGGCGGUGGACAUGUUUAUCGGCGCGACUGCACGGGGGAUGCGUUGUCGUUCUGGGGUAUAUGUUGCGCGACUCGCGAGAUAACGAGAGGCACCCGGGAAAUGAUGUGAUCGUGAUACGUGGGACGAUAUCGUGAGCCGCUGGUGGAGCGCGCUACGUCCGGUGGUGGUGCAACGUGCAUGAGGAGGAGGCGGCGGCGACGGCGACGGCGACACCGGGUUAUGUUACGACGGUUCCGCGCGGCGCAAGGAUAUCAUGGCGCAGUGCAAGCUAACCCCGCGGGAGUUCAUCGGCAACGCGUUCUCCCCGCAGAUCGCCGCGGUCUGCUCGGCCGCGGCCGACGCCGCGUGCCAGAGGAAUAAUCUCUCGUUCGUCGAGCUGCUCCAGCCGUUUUGCAAAUUGAAUACCGAAGGUCACUUUAAGGAUCCCCAAGGCAAUACAGUAGCGAUUAGAAAUCUACGUCUUUCUAUACAAGACAUCAACGCACGGCCACCAGAACCGAAUCUUGCCAAAAAGUUGUUGAACGAAGCGGUCAGUUCUGCCCUGUGCGAACGUACCACCACAAUUCACAUCGGCACGGCCGAGUUGGAUAUUCCUGUCUCCGUUCCUUGGUUCGAGGCAUGGAGAGAGACGUUUCUGAGCGUCCAGUUUCCGUCAGAUCACGAAUUCACGAAGCAUCUGCUCGCGUGUAUGAUAGUUGUUUCCACAGCGGAGGACAAUCCAUUGGAGAGGAUUCAGACUAUGGGAGCGCAAUUGCAUCAAAGUGUACCGGGAAAUUUGCCUAAAUGGUUCAACAAUAAUGCCCUUAGGUAUUACAUCUUAGUUCACGACGCUUUUCAGGAUGACAGAAAUAAAGCUGAAACAGUUUUUACAGAGAUGAAGACUAUUUAUGGUGCUAAUAAUUGCUUUCUCUUGCAAAUGAAUUCAAGACCGCCUGGUCUUUCCGACGAUAAUACGCAUUUGCCCGAUCCUUGGAGUCAGUUCUUGACAAAACAUUCGGAAUUGACUGGUAACAGCGAUCAGAAUAGUUCCCCUCGUACGCCUGCAGACACAGGUGGUGUGUCUUCUAUGCCGAGCGAGCUGACUACAGAGACUGAAAAAACGAGUCAAGCCGGGACACCGCUAAUGCCACACAACUCUGUUGCAUUACCGUCUCCAGAUUUGACAGAGUUAGUCGCAGGAAUUGACACGAUUAGUCUCUCUGAAAUAUCCGAGUCGACGAAUGCGAAUCUAGAAGUCGGACAGGAAGCGGUUCCAGUUACAAUUCAUCCACUUAGUCCAGAGAAUGAGAAAUCGCAAGGGUUUAAUCCCGCGGCUAAUACCAAGAGUCAAUCCGUUAUUACUAGCUCACCAAUAAACACGAAUGUCUGGGCGGAUUCUCCGAAUUACGUGGUUGCUCAACACGGUGCUCGUCUUUCCACCCAGGAUCUAGAAAGAUUACGAACAUUGAUAACGGAAUUCUGUUUGCGAAGCUUGUUGCCUUAUGUGGAGAAGCAAAUUGGCCUAUUGAACGACGUGAUUUCAAACAAGAAAGUCAGUAGAUCGCUAUUUAGCGCCACGAAAAGGUGGUUUAGUACAAAUAAGCCUGGUAUGUCGGGCUCGGCGCCGUCGAAUGCUGUAAUUUACACAGCGGAAUCACCAGAGUUACAAUUACGACGCUUAGGCGAUCUGUGUUUCAUGUUCGGCCACUACUCGCUCGCCUAUCAAGCGUAUCACAGCGCGAAGCGCGACUUCGCGGGGGAUCAGGCUUGGCUCUACUACGCGGGCGCUCUCGAAAUGGCGGCUCUGAGCGCUUUCAUGCAAAACGAGACGAGCAGGAAAACCAUCGAGUACAUGGACGACGCGAUACUGACUUACGCGAACAGCUGUAGGAUGCCUCAGUUCGCGACGAGGGCGACGCUGCUCAGCGCCGAGUGUUUGAAGGGCCGGGGAUUGUACGGGGAAGCCGCGAAGCAGUUAAUACGGAUGACCAGCGAGGAUUCCGACUUACGUUCGGCUUUGUUGCUCGAGCAGGCCGCCUAUUGCUUCAUCGCCCCGAAAAUGAUGCGCAAAUAUGCCUUCCACGCGGUUCUGGCUGGGCACAGAUUCUCCAAGGCCGGCCAAAGAAAGCACUCCUUGAGGUGUUAUCAACAAGCGUAUCAGGUAUAUUAUGAAAGGGGCUGGUCUUUGGCAGAGGAUCACAUCCAUUUCACGAUCGGCAGACAGGCCGCAUCCCUGAAACAAGUCUCCGAAGCGGUGAAGGCGUUUGAAAAGCUACUUAACGCUUCCAGUAAACAGCACGCCCCGCAGCAGGCUGCGUUUUUACGAGAAUUUUUACACACUCAUAACUUGUUGUUUCAGGAAAACGGCACGAAUUGUACAGGACUUCCCAUUUUACCGUUGCCGUUGCUGGACAACAACAAUAUCAAGGUGCUGUACGGUCCGUUGGGCAAACCAACCGAAAGCAAUAUUCCAGCGAGUCACGUCACGUUCGGCACCGAGGAGUCGGACGAAGCGAGAUGGUCGAAGAUGGAGGAGCUGCUGAUAACCGAGGCGCAGGGUUCCCAGCCCAUGAUAUUCAAGCCGACAGUCGCGCUGUACUCCGGAACGAGUAACAACGCCGUAAAACCCAACGCAGUUCUGGACGAACCGGUGCAUUAUUCCAUCGAGCUGCACAAUCCGUUGCACGUCCCGCUACCGCUCUCGGACGUGGCCCUGCUGUGGUCGUUCACUCGCAAUGACGAGACCGUCACGAACGAGACGAAAACGACCGAUAGCCCGGAUCCGGUUGAUUCGGACGUCGCGGACGCGAUUCUCUUGCAACCGGCGUGCAAGCAGAAUGUCGUGCUGUCCCUCACGCCCAGGCGAGUGGGCGAAUUGAAGAUCUUGGGUGUGAGUUAUAAACUGUCCAAUCCGGUGCAGACGAUCGGCGGUGAUCCGCCGAUCGCAAAUUCGACCACCGUCGUCGCCGGUAAGAGAUUGUUCGAGAUUACGCCGCCGAAAUUGAGGAAUGUCAAGGAGAAGUCCGGCGCGAAUGUGCAAGGGAAGGAUUACAGGCUGGAGAUGAACGUGAUAGAGAAGGCGGCAUUUAUGCAGAUACUCUUCACUAAACUGUCGCCAGAGAUGCUGUGUGGCGAGGUACAAAGGGUAGAAGUCACGUUGAGGAAUGUGGGUAACGCACCGUUGACGAACAUACACAUCGCAUCCACCGACGCGAAACUUUUUACUUUAGGAAACGCGGAAAUCGAUAAGCUCGGAAGUGAAGAUUCAAUUGCGAGGAAGAGCAGUAGGUCGGUCACGAAGGUGAUAUUACCAGUCUCUAAAAAUGGUAUACUGAAUGUAGGCGAAACUCACAAAAUGCCACUUUGGGUGCAAGCGCCCCAUGUGAAGGGCACCCACAGAUUAGAUCUGCUCUUCUAUUACGAAAGCGUCGAAUCAAAAGCCGCUUUGAAGCACCGCUUGUGCCGGCACACCUGGCAGUUAACGGUGCUGGACUCGAUACAGAUCACCGCGGUCGCCGCCAGAAGCGGAUUGUUCAAGGACGACUCGCCGACGUUGAAUUUAAUCAUGUCCGUGAAGAAUACCAAUCAGGUUCACGAUCCAUCCAUAAAUGAGAUUAUUUUGGCCGAGGUGUCGCUCCAGAGCGCCGUGUGGUCCGCGUUUCACUCCUCGGUUCUGCCCCCGAGCGUGAAGGUGCAGCCUCAAGAGGUCUUCCAUCUGAUGCUGAAGCUGAAGAAGAAGAAGAAGGGGAAGGUCGACGGAGAGUCGACUAUUUCCGACGUGUCGUUAACGUCCGACGAGAGCGGCAAGUGCACGUUGAUCGGCAGUUAUCCGUUCAUCAAUUUUGUACAGAGACGUCACAUCCAGCCGCUGGACGUGAGCGAGAGUGCGAACGACGCGCAGCAGUUUCAGCCGCAGCAGCAGAAUGCGGCCGAGCGCGGCUCCGCAGUAACGGACGUCACGUCACUGAGUUCCACGCUGAUCGUCAAGUGGUGCGCCAACGUGACGGAGAGCGGCGUGAUCACCCGAAUGGCGGUCGGGCAGCAUCACCUCGAGCUCGAGCAUUUGAACAAGACGUACAAGCAUCCGAGGGAGCCGCGCACCGAGCGUAGCGAGUACGGCGCUCGCCUCAAGGUUUUCGGGCCGGACCGGAACGUGUCGAGCGCAGUGGUUGUCCCUCUCAAGGACCCCGUGUGGGAGGCGGAGUAUCUGAAAAGUCUAAUCUCUUUCUCUCUCGGUCACCAAAGGCAUGUCACGCACGAUUUUCGCCAAAGCCGAUUGUGCAUCGUCCCCGUGACGAUGUAUUUGCAAAAUCACUCGGAGAUGCGAGUCGACGUUAAAAUAAGUACGAUAGGUACUAGCAGCGAAACUCAUCUUCCGAGCAUCAAGUCUCAGCUGUACUCGCCACAAGCUUCAACGUACUACAAGUACGCCGGUCACUCGUCAAUUUAUUGCGACGUUGAAGCGCAUGCAAGUAAUACCAUGAGAUUACACGCUGUGCUGCCCGGCACGGGAACGUACGACCUGGCGGCGCGAAUAGAGAUCUCCGUUAAAGUCACCAAUAGCCAGGAGUACAUUGCUCAGAAGGGCAAGAUGGAGAGUAUAUGCAUCGUUAACGACGGCAGUACGUAGAUUAACACGCGGUCACAGUCACUAAUGGAUAUGGGAGAGUGCUACUUUUUUCUUUUUUUUUUUUUUUUUUUUUAGCUGUAACUCAGAAUCAUUCCUUGUCAGUAUAUAGUAGUAUGUACAUACGGCGUAUGUUGGAAAGAAAUUGUUACAUUAUAUUACAAUUGAUAUUUUAAUAACGUCAACAUAUUUUUUACCCGACAUUAUCACGUUUCAGCGUCGAAAACUGCUUUUGCUUUGCUGCGAUAACUUUUUGUACACUGCGCCCGGCGGACACGCGCGGCGAGAGGAUACGCGAAUAAACCAGACUCGCCCGUCUCGGGCGAUCGAUUACGCGUUCAGUCAGGUUUCACUGAUGUGAUUACUUAACUUUCUUACGACCCGUUUAGUCUCGAGGCUACCUCACGGUAAUUAUCUACGAAGCAAGUCGAGCGCAUGGCAGGAAUUUGAACGACUCUUCUGCCAACUCGUCGCGCUUAAUAUUGGGGACUGCAAUACCCUUUAACUGCCAAACAAGCGAUACGCACGUUUACCUUUCACCGAGACAUAUCGUCUAUAAAGCACUUAUAAUUAUCUGUUAUCUUCUGUCGGAGCGAAAGAAAUUCUUUUUCUUCAUACAAGUGAAUUUACUCAAAUCUCAGACGUUUGGAGUAAGUGAAAAGUAUAAAUAUUUUCUUUCGUCGCGUGUAAAAAGAAUUAGAAAUACCAAUCUUGUUUCUCUGCAUUAACUCAAUGUGAAUGUACAUUCGGCGGUCGAUGAUGCGAUUGCUUAUGACAGCAUGAGGAAUAGAGAUUAAACUUUUCAAACAUUUUUGAGAUGUUGCGAGAAAUUCGGAAGAACAAAAUAGGUAGAUGAAAGAAAUAUUUGAGGUCUCUUAGAUGAUAGGCUUGUAUUUUUUGUACAGUGUACUUCUUAAGAAAUAAGAAUGUGUAUAAGUCAAUUUUUAUGAGCCAGAGAGAGAGAGAGAGAGUCCUAGUGUAGAUUAUAAUAACUUAUGCAAGAGGAAGCAGUCCUGUAUAUAUAUAUAAAACUUGUCAAAUUCAUGAGUUAAGUAUAAAUAAUGGACAGAAUUAUCCUGGCACUUUUAACGAUUACAAUGGCGUUUGUAACAUACUGUCUUUCCAUAACACGUUAAAACUUCCCUCGUUAAAAGAAUCUUUGAAUAAUCCUAAUUGUAAAAAAAAUAAUAUAUAAUCACCCUGGGACGAAAAUUAUCCUUUAUAAAAUAAAGAAGUCUAGAUUUUUUGUAAAUUUAACGGCAUGUGUUAGAAUAUUUAUUCUGUAUAACUACAUCUCGAGGAUUGUGUAUUAAAAACCUUUGAUAAUGCGUUAUAAA